GUGGCGACUAGCCGAUGUCGUGUGUGUGUUUUGUUGCUGAUGCGAUGCGUCAGCUAAAUCUCAAAUCAUCUGGUAAAAGAGUGUGAGAUAAAGAGCGGUCAGCUGUUACAACGAUCGUGAGACAGCGAGGCCAAACGAAUGGCAAAGAAGUAAAUAGUGAAGAAAUAUAGGAGAAACGAGAAAGUCGAAUAUCGUGCAACGGAGAAAAGGUUACGAGGGGCGGAUCGUCGAUGGUAAGGACUGUCCGCGUGCAAGUGAUAAUAUCGGUGGAAAACGAUGGCGUAAGUUGGUCAGCUCUGAACCGAGACGUGCCGUGUGUCCUGUGUGCCGUGGCCGUCCGUCAUUUUCUCUCGGUUCGCGAACGACGCGUGUGAUUAGAUCGGUCCGUAGAGUCGCGCGCGCCAACAACAGUACGCGUUCCUAACGUAACGUAACGUCAGUGAAAACACCAUCGAAUGUGUGCUGCUGUGUGCCCGAUCUAGUUGCUAUGCAGGCUGAGUGCUGAAUACACUGGAAAUAUUGGUUGGUCUUUGAUCACGGUGCAUCGAGUGUACAUACGAGGCAACGUUUUGUCGGUUGUCUCUACGUCGCGUUCCCUGUAUCGUCUUGUUGGAACUGUUGCCGAUUACCACUCGCUAUUUCCUCGCGUCGUCGCGUUGUUGUUUUGUUUAUUGUUGUUUGCGCGUAUUCGCGAGGUGGUGCCAAUAUCUAGCCAACGACAUCUCAUCGUGCGAGAGAAUAUGGUUACGAUGAUCAGUGAUACGUGUGGAUAUGUUCUUUUUCUCCUGUUGCUGUUGCUGGUUCCUUAUAUCGAAAGCGCUCGUCGAUUGAACGAAUAUAUCCGCCACUACGAACCUCUCUCUUAUCCUACCGAAGAGGUCCACCGAGGUCACUUGAGGGCCAAGAGGUCGGUUACCCGCGACAAUUCCGUGACUCUGAAGUUUCGUUCGCACGGAAGGGACUUCCACAUCCGACUGAAGCGAGAUCUGGCUACCUUUAGCAGUAACUUAAUUAUCGAAGGCCCUUCCGGUCAAACGGAAGACCUCGAUACCUCGCAUAUUUACCAGGGCCACUUGGUUGGUGAACCUGGCAGUCACGUGUUCGGAAGCAUCAGCGACGGUGUUUUCCACGGAAAAAUCAUUUCGCCUCGCGGUGGCGCGUGGUACGUGGAAAAGGCGCACUAUUACUUUCCGCCGCACGAGAUAAAUGACACGUUACAUUCGGUCAUUUAUCACGAAAAUAACGUCGGGGACCCAUACGCCCAUCUUCGAAAAGGUGAAUCCGGCGGUUGUGGUAUCACCGAUGAUGUGGUGGAGUGGAUGGACAGAGUUCAAAAUUCUGCCAUACCGGACGUUUCACGUCCGGUAACCACGAGUAAAAACGAGAAGAUAUUCAAGUCUCGGGUGAAACCGUGGAACGGUGAUCAAGAAUCACCGGGUCACAAAUAUUCGAGAGAAGCUAACGAACCUAGUCAUCGAAGAACACGGAGGGCAACCAGGCCGAAGGAGGAUAACAAAAACACUUGUUCUCUUUUUAUUCAAACCGAUCCGCUCAUAUGGAGACAUAUAUCGGAACAGUUACAUCAUGACGCGGAGAAGACCAGAGAGGAAAUACUGUCUCUGAUCGCGCACCACGUUACCGCUGUGAAUUACAUCUAUAGAGACACCAGAUUUGACGGCAGAAUCAAACAUAGGAAUAUUAAAUUCGAGGUGCAACGGAUAAAGAUCGAUGACGAUACAGCUUGCACGCCCCAACAAACGUAUGGCGAGCCAAACCCGUUCUGCAUGGAGAACAUCGACGUUAGCAACUUUUUAAAUUUGCAUUCGCUCGGCAACCACGAAGAUUUUUGCCUCGCCUAUGUGUUCACGUAUAGAGAUUUUACUGGCGGCACGCUUGGUCUUGCUUGGGUAGCCUCGGCAUCCGGUGCAUCCGGCGGCAUUUGCGAAAGAUACAAAACAUACACGGAAACUGUCGGGGGAAUGUAUCAAUCCACCAAGAGAUCUUUGAAUACCGGAAUCAUCACGUUUGUUAAUUAUAACAGCAGAGUACCACCGAAGGUGUCACAGCUGACAUUGGCCCACGAGAUAGGACAUAAUUUCGGAUCACCUCACGAUUUUCCACCGGAAUGCAGACCUGGUGGAUUGCACGGAAAUUAUAUUAUGUUUGCGUCAGCGACGAGCGGCGACCGACCUAAUAAUAGUAAAUUUUCGAAAUGCAGUAUCGGUAAUAUCAGCAACGUUUUAGACGCCAUCGAAGACAACAAGAAGAGAAAUUGUUUCACCGCUUCUGCUGGUGCAUUCUGUGGGAAUAAGAUCGUCGAAGCCGGAGAAGAAUGCGAUUGCGGGUACGAUGACGACGAAUGCGUGGAUAAAUGUUGCUAUCCGAGACAAGUAUCGGAAUUGGAUAAGAUAAAAAAUGAGACGGCGAAAGGUUGCACCAGGAAGUCCGGAACGCAAUGCAGUCCCAGUCAAGGGCCUUGCUGUUCCAGCGAAUCGUGCCAGUUCGUUCCUCUCUCUAAAAAUGUUCAAUGCAAAGCGGAAUCGGAUUGUAGCUACAAUUCGACUUGUAAUGGACGAUCCUCCGAGUGUCCUCCGCCAUUGCCAAGGGCUAACAAAACUAGAUGUAACGAGGGAACUCAGUUGUGCAUCAAUGGCGAGUGUACAGGAUCGAUUUGCCUAGAGUGGAAUCUGACCGAGUGCUUUUUGACUAGUAACGUAAUUCCAAAUAUCGAUAAACGUAAAUUGUGCGAAUUAGCUUGUCAAAAUGGAACCGAUCCAUCGACCUGCCGUAGUACUAGCGAAUUUGCGCACGUUGUUGGUCUGCCUGAAGGUGGAAUUAGCCUCCGGCCUGGAUCACCUUGUGAUAACUUUCAAGGAUAUUGCGAUGUAUUUUUGAAGUGUAGAGCGGUUGACGCGGAAGGACCAUUAGCCAGACUGAAGAAUCUUUUAUUCAAUAAGGACACGUUACGUACAGUAGCACAAUGGAUAACUGAAUUCUGGUGGGCAGUGCUAUUAAUGGGAAUAGCGUUUAUUAUUUUCAUGGGUUUAUUCAUCAAGUGCUGUGCCGUUCAUACUCCUUCGAGUAAUCCUAAGAAACCACCAGCGAGACGUAUUAGCGAUACAUUAAGAAGACCGAUGAAUACUCUGAGAAGAAUGCGACAUCCACAUGGCGGAGGUGGAGCCGGUCCCAGAAGUAUACCUCCUAGACAAAAUCAAGGAGGCCAUGGUGCUACUCGGGGCCCCUCUCACGGCUAUGGAGAGGGUAGAGGUGCCCAAUAUUAUCCCAAAGCAGGCUAUCGCUCGGUUCCCACAGCUAGUGCGCCACCCAGUAGCAGCGCAGCACCCAACUACGGCCGGUCCAAUCAUCCAGAAUUGUACGCCGGCGCCUAUUCGGGCUCCGGGGGAGGGGGGCGGGCCUCAGCCUACGAGAUGAGGCAUCACAACAAGGUGUGACGACCUUAGAGAACUAUCACGGACGAGAGACGGUCUCAACGUUGCACCGUAAAUUGUUCUCUUGUUUAAUGCCAAACUGUGAAACGAGCCGAUUCACUCAACAUACGAUAUCUCUCGUAAUCGAGAUCGACGGAAUCAAUGGAAGAAUACAGAGCGCGAUCGAAAGCAUUUGAAAGUUCCGACGACCGCCGAUCUACGUUUUUAUUUCGUUUCAAGUAACUCGCGCGCGAGGGAACUGGUUCGGAAAUUGUAAAUUGAACAAGUGUAUUAUAUAAUCAAUGGUGGUGAUAUAUCGAGACUUCUCGUUUGACAUUAAGCUUUUGUCGAGCUGAUUUUCAUCGGCAAACGUACGAGGACAUCGACGUUGCGAAAACAAAACGAACGAUGCCGUUGGACGUGAUGGUUGGACGUACACUGAGAAAUCGUUAAGAGACUAAUAUUAUGCGAUUCUCUGUAAUUCGUCUUUUAAAUGUUUCCUGCUGAUUCCUCCGUGUUGCCAUUAAAUAUUUUUCGUGUCUCGAUCAAAAUUACAAGGCUCUCGAUAAAUCUCUUUGUCCGCGAAAUUCUUUGAUAUCAAUGUACAGAUCGAAGUCGUGGAAAUUUAUUUCUGUGGACAACGCUGGAUUCGCACAGCAAUAUUGAGUAAUAUCGAACGCAACGUAUUUUUGUCGUUCGAUGUAAAAAACAUUUAUGGCCAAGAUUGCAUAGUAGCGUUUAUGCCUCGAUUUCUCGACGAAGUCGAAUUUUUGCGUGUUUUUCGCUCCGGAAAGCAUACUUUUAUACAUACAUGGAGACUGUUGGUUAGAAGAAGAAGGGAAGUUCAAAGGGAUAACGGAGACGACAAUAUAUAUUUGGAAUAAGUGUUAGGAUGAUAACCGUAAUUUUUGAAAAGCUCCCAUUGAACGUACCUUGUGCCUUUUAACUCUUGUACGCGAUUAUUAUGUACAUUGUUCUAUUAUAGUAGUAUUUUAAAAGACAGACUCUUCUUUUUUUUUUUUUUUUUAUUUCAAUGUUCUUCCAAAUGCAUGUUCUUUGUUCAAAGUUAAGCUUUUAAUUACUAGUGUUUUUUAUACAAAUAUAGGUAAAGAUAAUUAAUAAGCAAUGCCAAAAUGUUUAAAUAUGAUUUCCUUUUUAAUGCAUUUAUACAUAAGUUAUAGCCUAUAAGGAUAUUAUUUUAUUUAAAUCUAAAAGUCUUUGUGAUUAUACCACCGCUUUCCGCAGCGAAAGAGCGCGUUUACCAUUACCAAACUAUUGCAGGUCAUUCACUUGAUCUCUACCAUUGUAGUAUAAUAAUUAACGAUAUGUAAUAUUCUUAUACUAAUUUUUAUUAGCCAAUUGAAACGAGCAAAGUUACGAGAGACUAUGAACAUGGGAGAAAAGUAUCAAGAAACAAAUUUUUAUAGUUAUAUUUCAUUAACGACCAUUCUGCUGAAAAUGAUAUCGAAUAAUAUCGGUUCUAUUAUAAUUAUGCUGAUUAUUAACGAUAUUAUUACUAUUAAUUAUUAUUAUUAUUAUUAUUAUUAUUAUUAUUAUUAUUAUUAUUAUUAUUACUAUUAUGGCUAUUACUAUUAUUAAUUAGUUAUCUAUUGCAAAUGAUAAUUUAUCUUCGCUAUCGCGAAUGUUAUAAGUUGUAUUUAAAUAUGGUUUUUAACUUACAAUUAUAGAGGGCUGUACCGUAAACGCGGACCAAAGACGAGCCCUCCUUUUGAGAUAUAGACGUGUUUUAAUAUACAUGGGCUCAUUUGUGCACUGCUGCAUACUCGUAUGCCACACAAACAACAUUCGCACGUGUCCAACGGCGAAUCGUACUAAAUUGUACGCGAUAUAUACACUUCCUUUCUCGAAACGCCAAAAUGUUAUACGUGAUUGACUGAAUUUUUUAACUCGUCCCUCGUCGAACCUUCUUGCGCAAAUUUUGUCCAAUUUGUUCCAUGUGUUUCUAUUCGAGGCAAUAAUCGAAUGUGCAGAUAUUUACUAUCACUAUCAAUAGCGAUAUAAUAACGAUUUAUUAAUAUCGUAACCUAGGGUUUUUCUUUUGUCCAAUGUUUUUGAUCGAACAUCGUUAGGCUUAGCGCGAUAUUUUCAUAAGGAAAUGUGUCUCCUAUUUCUUCUCGUUCUACAUGUGAUGAAAAAUGUCAUUAGAUACCGUUCAACGUUACGACAGAUAGUUUAUACGCUACGAAGACAUAGAUUUCGUUUAGACGAUGAUCCAGAAACUUAACGAUUUUAAACAUAGAGUCGUGCAAGACAGAAGGAACAUUAACAGGGAUGAAGAGAUAAAAGAAGGAGGUGUCCGCCAAAUCGCAGGAAAUACGAGUUUGCGGAUCGUGUGGAAAUGUACAAUAGUCGCAAUGUGAUUAAAAAAAAUGUGGAUCAUACGAAAGCUGAUGCGAGAUACGUGCGAAAGUGGGAAAGAACAAAAGAGCGAAGGAAAGGUAUGGGAAGAGAAUGGGCGUGAAAGAAUAAAAGAGAGAGUGUUAAACUGUGUACAUAUAUUGAUAUUAUAUAUACAUAAACGAUAAUUAUAUAACCAUAACAAAUGGUAAAGCGAAUAUAAAAAAAAUACUUGUUUUUAUAUCAAAUCUGUAUUAUAGCGAAAUAUUAUCCUGUAUUUUGUAAUCGGGACGGAAAUUUAAGGAUGACGAACGAAUGCCUGUAUGUGCGUGUAAUCGAGCCCUUAGGUUUUUAAGGUAAUGACUUUUUUAACGACGAUCCAACGUGGACCGGACUGGAUCGUUUGAGAUAGAUUAUUUAAGCAGUUUUGAAGUUUCUUGCAUAUAGAUGCAACAGGAUUCCGUUUGGUCCCAUUUGUAAUCGCUCGUCCGAUCGUAACAUAAAAGUUAAUUAUGUUAUUUCCAAGUGUUUCAUGGCAAUCCAUGAGUACAACUUACUGCCAUUCGUAGUAACGCGUAGCAAAGAAGGUCGAACGACUUUUCAAAGUAUAAGCGAUAACGCGCUAUAAAUCUACUUGGGAAAAUGUAUUGGGAAAAUGUCGAAUUAACGUGACGUUAACAUCAUUUUUAUCGUAUGUAUUUAUAUAAUUAUCGUAUAUUAUGAUAAUACAAGGAACAAUAAUUUAUUGUUUUUGAUACGACUGAUUAUGAGAUUUCACCAAAAGUCAGGUAUCGACUGCCGUUUAAUCAGUAAUCACGAUGCAUAGAGGACGUAUUCGUCUACUCAUUCGUAGGUGAAUCCAUCGGUUUCAAUACCGUUCAUGAUUAUUCUUGCUUCCAUUUCACUGCCAUAAAAACGAUUCAAAUGACUGAAUACAAGAUCAAAAUAAAAGAAAACGGAAGAGAAAUAAUGGCAUUGUUUCGAAAAGAGAAGCCUAAGACGAGCGUAGAAUGGGACCAAGUAUUCUAGUGUCUAGUUGACAAAAAACGUUGCUUGCCCGUAUCGAGAGAAUUAUAGCGAUUAAAAAGCAAAAGUAUGUUUUCAUUCAUCAUUUGUCUCCGAGGAGUCUCUGCUACAUAUGCUUAAGCUCAAUCGUAUCUGCGCUGUCUGGAUUAAGAUCGCGUCCUAUCAUCAUCAUUAUUAUUAUUAUUAUUAUUAUUAUUAUUAUUAUUGUUAUUAUUAAUUAUCAUUAUUCGGUAAUUGUGCAUCUUGCAGCACAUUAUGUGAUAAACAAUUUUUGUGGGGCACGAGCAAAUUCUUCGAUUAAAAGAAAAUUUCAAUGUCUACAAAAAACAGCAUCUUUAAAGUAGCUAUCUUAAUCCAGACGUGUGUCAUCGUGACGAAAUGCACACUACUUUAUCACUUGUACAUAAUGUUAGUAAGGAAGAAACAAAAAGAAAUCGAAGAUUAUAUUUUUUCUAUCGAUCCAAAAAUGUGGUGACCUAUCAACAUCGUGCAUCCGAGAUUAAUUUCAUCUACGUUAAAUUUUUCAUGUCCGUUCCGAUAUGAUUUUAGCUAAAAUAGUACAUACAUACAUAUGUUGUUUCGUUUCACCAAGAGUUCAUACGUUCUACGUGUAGAAAGUAUUACUUGGAUAUCACAAAAUCACCAAGUUGCCUUUAUGUUUUAUGUGCCGUAGUGUUUUAUUUCAUUUUUAAUUCAUACAAACAGUUUUAAGCUCUGUGUUUUCAAUUGAUACUUUGAUGUAAGUUUUAUUAAGCAUGAUACUGACCAAUCGCCUGAACGUUGCUUCAGACCACCACUCUCUCUUUUUCCCAAUGUCUAGAACGUGGCGAGUGUUUUAAAGAAUACUAUAAAUAAAAGGAAUCUGAUUGUAAAUCAUUUGUGUUAUGUUAAUGUGAUUAUAAAAAAAAAAAGAAAAA